GGGAGGCUCUCUUCGCCACCGUACAUCUCUCCACCAUCUCCUCCUCACUUUUCCAGUCGGCCAGCAAGCCUGUCGGAGCUCUUAACUAUAACCCCAACACCGUCGCUUCGCCUUGACAAACUGCAGGAAGGAUUUGUAGUGUCUCGCCUCUCAGCGUUUUGCUCAUUUUCCCACAGCCUCGAAUGAAACGCUUCGGACUUUUUGCACAUUUUGAAGGAGGGGAGAAAAAAAAGGUGAAAUGAUGCAGCAGCGGAAAAGGAUCCAAGUCUCACUAGUCUCCCCCUCAGAAUAAUUCCAAAUGGAUGCUGAGCUGAGCGCCUCACCCCCUCACCAACUGCUAUGGAGGCAUGCCAAGCCAUGCAAGUGACCUUUAUCACACCAUGAAUGCAAGCUCUGCUGUUCAAAGAGGACACAAGUAACCUUUUCUUGUUAUCUAAGAAGGAGCUGUUGAUCUGAAGAGAGGGGGAUCGAGAGACACAGAGAGACGAGUCUUGUUAAACAAACAAACAAACGAACAAAACACACAACGACAGGAUGCCAAAGCGGUCUGAGGAGAUGCUCAUGGAUCUGUGGAUGUCCUUGCUGCUGGUUUGGAUUACUUGUGUUCCCUGUGUGUCUAUGACUCCUAUCAUAGGCCAGUCCAAAAGUACACAAACUGGUGGGUCCGCAGCAGUGGCGAGCGGUCUUGGCGAAGGACAAAGAUUGCUGAGCCGCGCCAAGAGAGGAUGGGUUUGGAAUCAAAUGUUUGUGCUGGAGGAAUUUUCUGGACCCGAUCCAAUUCUAGUUGGCAGGUUACACACAGACUUGGAUGUGGGCAACAAGAACAUCAAGUACGUCCUAGCUGGUGAGGGGGCAGGCACCAUCUUCGCAAUCAAUGAGUUAACGGGCGACAUCCACGCCAUGAAAAGAUUGGACCGAGAGGAGAAGGCAGAGUACACCUUAACAGCCCAGGUCGUUAAUGCUGAUACAGACGAGCCCUUGGAGCCACCGUCCGGGUUCAUCAUCAAAGUCCAGGACAUAAACGACAAUCCGCCACAGUUCAUUGAAGGCCCGUACCGAGCCUCUGUUCCUGAAAUGUCUGCCGUCGGUACCCCAGUAACACAGGUAACAGCGACAGAUGCUGAUGACGCAGGGUAUGGGAAUAGUGCUAAACUGGUCUACAGCAUACUGGAGGGACAACCGUACUUCUCAGUAGACCCAAACUCAGCGACCAUAAAAAUUGCUCUGCAUGAGAUGGAUCGAGAGAUGAGAGAGGAGUAUCUGGUGGUCAUUCAAGCUAAAGACAUGGGAGGUCACAUGGGCGGCUUGUCGGGGACCACGACUGUCACCGUCACGCUAACGGACAUCAAUGACAAUCCACCGAAGUUCUCUAAAAGUUUGUACGAGUUUGUGAUCCCAGAAGACCUACCGCUGGGGAAAACAGGUGGCAAGGUGAAGGCAAAUGAUCGAGAUAUUGGGGAAAACGCCAAGUCGACGUACAGCAUCAUUGACGGCGAUGGCCUAAACAUAUUUGAGAUUGUAACUGACGCCCAAACUCAGGAGGGGAUUCUCCGACUGAAAAAGCCUUUGGAUUAUGAGAGUAAAAGAGCCUACACACUAAAAGUCGAGGCCACCAACAUCCGCUCCGCCCCAAACAAUGACAUGCCCUUCAAAGACUCGGCCACGGUGAAGAUCGUAGUGGAAGACUCUGAUGAACCUCCUGUUUUCUCCAAACCAAUGUACCUGCUGGAGGUGAAUGAAAAUGCCCCGAUCAACACGGUCAUAGGGACAGUGGCCGCCAGAGAUCCAGACUCCACAGGAAGCGUCGUCAGGUACUUCAUUGAUCGGCACACGGACCUGGAGAGACAGUUCAACAUAAAUGUGGACGACGGGAAGAUCACCCUGGCUAAACCUCUGGAUCGGGAGGCAGACAUGUGGCACAACAUCACAGUAACGGCCACAGAAGUCAGAAACCACAGUCAAAUAUCCAGGGCAAUUGUGGCCAUCAGAGUAAUGGACAUUAACGACAACGCCCCUGAAUUUGCCAAAGAAUACGAGGCCUUCCUGUGUGAAAAUGGAAAACCUGGACAGGUGAUCGAGACUCUCAGUGCGGUAGACAAAGACGAUCCAAUUCAGGGCCACUACUUCGACUAUCGUCUCAUUCCAGAGAUGCUCGACAACCCCAAUUUUACCAUCAAAAACAACCAAGACAAUUCAAUCAGUGUUCUAGCCAAGCAUGACACCUUCCGACGGCAAAAACAGGAGAUGUACUUCCUGCCAAUCAUUGUGACCGACAAUGGGAACCCACCGAUGAGCAGCACUAACACCUUGACCAUCCGAGUCUGCGGUUGCAGCAAAGACUUCGCCAUCCAGUCCUGCAAUGUGGAGGCCUACGUCUUACCAAUCGGACUCAGUAUGGGGGCUCUCAUUGCAAUCUUGGCCUGCAUUAUACUACUGCUAGUAAUAGUAGUACUAUUUGUGACCUUGAGGAGACACAAGAAUGAACCUCUGAUUAUCAAGGAUGAUGAAGAUGUGAGGGAGAAUAUUAUCCGUUACGAUGACGAAGGAGGCGGCGAGGAGGACACGGAGGCUUUUGACAUUGCCACGCUGCAGAACCCGGAUGGCAUCAACGGCUACCUUCCACGCAAGGACAUCAAGCCCGACCUGCAGUUUAUGCCCAGAGCGGGCCAGCACUCGGGCCCAAACGGCGUGGACGUGGACGAAUUCAUUAACGUACGGCUCCACGAGGCAGAUAAUGAUCCCACCGCGCCACCUUACGACUCCAUCCAGAUCUAUGGAUAUGAAGGCCGGGGAUCCAUUGCCGGCUCCCUCAGCUCACUGGAGACAGCGUCAUCAGACUCGGACCAGAACUAUGACUAUCUCAGAGAGUGGGGCCCACGCUUCAGAAGACUUGGGGAGCUCUACUCUGUGGGCGAGAGCGACCGUGAGACCUGACCUUUGGUUUGGUAGAAAAAGACCUUUCAGAUGUUUUUUUUCUGUCCACAUACUUGUGUAUUAAAUGCUAGGGGGUUUGCUGGCUUUUAGAAACAGGUGUUUAAAAAGAAAAAAAGUUAACAACACGGGAGGCCACCUUUUGUAUUCUUCUUAGAGUGAGGUAUAGCAGUUGUCAUCCACUACGUCAAGCGCAUUGUAAUUGUUGAGCCAAACAAUGUCUUUAUUAGGAGAUCUAUGAUUCUUGUGGAGUGUAACUUAGAUUCCGUCGUGGAGUGUCUAGCAGUAUUUUGGGUGUUAGUCAUUUGCUGUGACUGCCAGUAGCAGAAAAAUCCUGGGACUGCUGGUAGUUACCCAAUGAAAGGAAAUAUGGAUAUUGCUAGGUUCAUUGAGGCCUGAGCAGACAUCAUACUCCAAGCUCCAUGGACAGCAAGCUGGACUACGGAAGCUGCAGAGGGACAGUUGUUUCAUAUCUCCCUAAGCCACCCAGCUGAUCGGUGAUCUGAAGCAAAAUGACAAUGAAAAAGCAAUAUAUGGUCUACAUUACAAUGAUGAAUGUAUGUAUGAUUUGAAAAAAAGCAAAAAGACAAACCAGUAUUGGCUUUAAAGUGAAUUUGUUAUCAUUUGAUAUGUUCUCUGGUGGCCACAUUUAUAAACUAUCUAAAGCCCAGAAGGCUUGCUUUAUACAACUCUUUGUAUUUACACGCUACAGGUGUGGGUCGCAAAUGUUACUAGCCUAUAAGAGACUGGAGUGAAGACAAAAAAGAGAAAUGUAGAAACUCUGAGGCCUUCUUUUUACAGAAGCAACAUUAAAUACAAUUGUAAUCUAAUGUUUUUGACAAGAGACGUGUUGAUUCCUCAUUACUGUUCUGAGUUUUUGUAUAUCUGUUCUUAAAUCAUAAUUUUCUGUGCUGACAAUUUGAAGUGCGUGUGUUUAGAUAAUUUCACAUUCAGCUGUUUUCUCAACCAUUCGAACACUUAGUCAUAACAGCCAAACCAUAUCAUAAAAUUUAUCACAGUCAAUGAUAUAGACUAGAUGUAAGCAGGCAAACAAGAGCUCUAAGUAACCAUCAAAAUAAAUAUAAUCUACUUAAUUGGAACCGCAAGAAGAAAACUUUACUUUCACUUGCUAAUUCUGUGUAAAAUAUACUUCAUAAAAGGUACAGCCAGAGACCGUCUGAGCACAAUGUUAUAGCUGAAUUGAUACCUGACUAUGUGAUUCCUUCCAAACAUUCAACGUCAUUUAGGAAAUACCCACAAAAAUGCAGACACAAAUCCAGACCAUGUGCAUAUUGUGCUUACACUGUAUGAUAUCAAUAAAAAAGACUUGUACUGUACAUAGAGUUACUGCUAACGUCAUUAGCUUUCAAUGAGGUGGUAGGUUUUGUCUCUGCACGUUAGCUCUUGCACAUAAUGACAAUUUCAAUGGCACUACAGCUGCGUGCAUACUCAGUUUGUACUGAUACAGUAUUAUGGCAGUUCUCGGUAGACUAAACAAUAUAUAUGGAAUAGUCCUACAUGCAGAUCAUAUUUUCUACUGUGCUUUAAUGCUUAUAAAUGUGUAUGUUCAAUUAUUUACUCCCUGUACUGUAAUCUAAGAUACCCUGUAUUGUUUCCUACUUUGUGAAAUAUAUUUUUAUAAAUAUUGCUGAA